CGCGCGCGCGGCCCUAACGAAAACAGACGUGCCCAUUCAUAUUAUUGCUAAAUUCUAAAUUUAUCCGUUGCAAUACAUCGUAGUUACAUGUAUAGAAAAUUAAUUUUGCGCUUUGUGACGUACGACCAAAGAAAUCACGUGAAAAUGUCCUUCAAAAAAUAAUAUAUUACAGUGUUUCAGUGUUGUGUUCUAGAAUAUUUGUUUACACACAGAGUGUUUGAUAAAAUAGUUCAUUUAAUCUAAAUAUAAUUGGAUCAGACAUUGACGGUGUCGAUAGAGUGAAACAAGACUGUGUUGGAAAUAAUUUUAAAAGUAUGGCUUCAACACCGGACUCUCCGACUCCAACUGACACUCCUGAAGAUACUCCCUCUCCUUCACCAGCUCCGCAACAUGUGAACAAGUUCAACUGGCUUAAAAAGGCUCAUGCUGCAAGGAACAAUCCUUUCGUGAAGGCAAGGCCGUCUCUCACCAGGGAGAGUUCCACAGCUGAACUGUUUUCCAGAGAGAAUUCCAGUCCAGAUUUGUUCCAGAGUUCCAGGUUGAAUCUGUUUGAUACUGCACCUAAACCUGAAGCCAAUUCCAAUGGAUUUAACAAGGGAGUCUCAUUCAUCGGUUGGCACCAGAGGACCCGCCUGGAGCGGGCGCUGAUGGUGAUAGCUGCCGUACUCUUCGUGGCUGUACUACUGACCGUCACCCUGCUGCUGACGAUGAGGGGACCCAGCUACCUGCCUGUGCCACCCUGUUAUCAGCCUGAGAGCAAAGACCAAGCGGUGUGCCUCAAGGGCUCCUGUAUCUACACAGCGAGCGAGGUGAUCAGGGCUCUGGACGAGACCCAGGAUCCUUGUGAAGACUUCUACGAGUUUGCCUGUGGUGGUUGGAUCAAGAACAACCCUAUUCCUGAAGGAAAGUCCAGCUGGGGCAUCUUUAGCAAGAUUGAGCUGCAAAACCAGUUGAUCAUCAGAUAUGCUCUUGAAAAAGUGAACAUCUCAAAUCCCAACGAUGCAGAAGCUAAAGCCAGAAUCUACUAUGACGCCUGUAUAGACGCGAAUGAGACCAUUGAGAAACUAGGAGAGGCACCAUUAUUAGCUGUCAUCAAGAAGCUGGGUGGGUGGCAUAUACUGCCGAGUACCAUGUCUAAACAACCUUGGGAUCUGCAGACGUUGGUUCAGCAUGUACAGAACACAUACAACCUGGGCGGUUUAUUCAACUGGGCUGUUACUGAAGAUGACAGGAAUUCGUCUAAACAUGUCAUUGUGCUCGACCAAGGAGGUCUAAACCUCCCAACUAGAGACAACUACCUCAAUAGAACGGCGCAUAAAAAAGUCCUAGACGCAUACUUAGACUACAUGACGCGCAUAUGCGUCCUCUUAGGAGCGAAUAAAACGGAAUCAAGAGCGCAGAUGAACAAAGUAAUACUUUUUGAAACGGAGCUAGCUAAUAUAACUACACCCUCUGAGGACAGGAGGGAUGAGGAGGGCCUAUAUAACCCGUACACUAUCAGGCAAUGGCAGAAAGAGGUCCCCUUCAUGAAUUGGACCAUGUUCUUCAAUGACGCUUUCAAAUUGGUUAAUAGGACUAUACCGGACACGGAAAGAAUAGUAGUGUAUGCGCCAGAAUACUUCAAGAAUCUCACAAAGGUCAUUAAGAAAUACAGCAAAACUGAAGAAGACCAAAGAACCCUAACAAGUUACAUGAUGUGGCAAGUAUCCCGGUCCCUCUCGACGUACCUCUCCAAGUCCUUCCGUGAUGCCACCAAGAUCCUGAGGAAGGCACUCUUUGGGUCAGAGGGCACUGAGGAAUCCUGGAGAUACUGUGUAACUGAUACUAAUAAUGCUGUUGGUUUCGCAGUAGGAGCUAUGUUUGUCCGAGAGGUGUUCCAUGGAGAAGCGAAGACUCAAGGCGAGAUUAUGAUCAACAACAUACGUAACGCUUUCAAGAGAAACCUUAAGAACCUGGAUUGGAUGGACGCGGAGACCAGAAAGGAUGCGGAAAUUAAAGCUGAUGCUAUCACUGACAUGAUUGGUUUCCCCGACUACAUUCUCCACAAAGAUGAGCUAGACAAGCAAUAUGAAGAACUAGAAGUCAAACCCAACGAGUAUUUUGAGAACAACAUCGCUUUCAAUGUCUUCAGCCUGAAAAAUGACCUGAAUAAAUUGGACAAGCCUGUAAACAAGACUAAAUGGGGCAUGACACCAUCAACAGUGAACGCGUACUACACACCCACAAAGAACCAGAUUGUGUUCCCGGCUGGUAUACUUCAGCUACCAUUCUAUGAUGGCGACAACCCUAAGGGAGUCAACUAUGGUGCCAUGGGGGUUGUGAUGGGACACGAACUGACUCAUGCUUUUGAUGACCAGGGAAGGGAGUAUGACAGGUAUGGUAAUCUGAACCAAUGGUGGAACAAUGCGACCAUAGCGAGAUUUAAGAGGCGCGCCAAAUGCUUCCAGGAACAAUACUCUAAUUACUCAGUAGAUGGCGUGCGGCUGAAUGGAAAACAGACCCUUGGUGAGAAUAUAGCUGACAACGGUGGUCUGAAGGCAUCGUUCCACGCGUAUCUGGACUACAGCAGGACUGCGAAAGUGAACCUCACGCUACCUGGAUUAAAGUACAAUGACCGGCAACUGUUCUUCAUCUCUUUUGCUCAGGUAUGGUGUUCAGCAAUGACCAAAGAAUCUACAAAGAUGCAAAUUGAAAAGGAUGACCAUACGACCGCCAAAUACCGGGUCAUAGGACCUAUAGCAAAUUUGAAGGAGUUUUCUGAAGAGUUCAACUGCCCUAUAGGGUCCAAAAUGAACCCUAGAGAUAAAUGCGAAGUAUGGUAAAGGUCACAAAACGAGGUUUGUAAGGAAUAUAAGUUCUGAAGGUAAAUAGGACAGGCAGGUCGUUUUUGAAGGAAUUUAGGUAUUUAGGUAUUUCCAUGUGUGUGUUUAAGUUAUUAACAAUACUUCAGAUGGAACUCUUGACAACGAUUCGGACAGAAAAUAGGUCGACCAAUCAGAUGUUCCUUCAUUACAUGGUUUUCUAACUUAGCAAUCGAUUUCUGUCGUGAUCACAAUCGAGAUCCGCCUAGUAAUGUCUCAAAUCCAGAUCCUGUGAAUCUUUUUUUAACCUGAUACUCUAAUCUGAAACACUAAGCUACUUCAUGCAUAAUAAGAAACCAUGAUAAGAAGUACAGAUGCCUAGUAAGACUUGCCUGUUAUAUUUACCAUAAUACAUAAAGUAGUUAAAAUAUCGCUAACAUUUGCGACUAUUCAUAAACCAAUACACCUAUUAUAACUGUAGAUAGUUUCGUCAAUUUCUUUUCCGAAUACCAGUAAAAGGAAUUGUAUGAAAAUGUUAGUAAUAUAGGUUUAUUGUUCUUGUGAAUAAACUUUUACAAAAUUAUAUGCUUAGUCCAGUUUAUAUAUGUGGGUGGAAAACUAAGGAACUAUUGGAAAGCGAUAGAAAAUGACAAUAGAAAGAAAGAAAGUGGCGAUGCUUUCGGCUGCACAGAACAAUCCCUGGUUUUUCAAAUGUCUAGAUUAUAUAAAGUACUAAAGCAUAAGAAUAUUUGGUAAACAAUGUCCGAUGAAAGUCAACAAUUGAGUGACAGCGACAUCUAGUGCCAGCAAGUGAAAUUAAAAGUUUAACUACUUUAUUCACAUUAUAGAAUAACGUUACACAUUUUGGCAAACAUUAUCUACAGAUAAGACAAGCGAUAUUGACUCUUCUUCCGUUUUGAUUAAGACGGAUAUUUAGUACAAGAUAAUGAAUCUUGCAAAUAUAUGCUGGCCAUCAAUCACGUACUUAUUACAACGGUAUAGAACUCAAAAUUAACUGAAUAAGAUGUAUUAAGGCUUGUCAAAAUGUGAAUCGUUAUUUUGAAUAAAGGAAAGGGUUGUCAAACCCAUAAAAAUUUAGAUAUUUAUACUAUUUAUGUAUAUAUGAGCUUAGCAGUUGUGUGACACGGGUAUUGAAUUAGUACCUAACGCGUUUAUAUAGGAAUUAAAUGAUUUUGUACAUAAUCAAUGACAGUGCGAGUUAGUUAGAUAUCAAACCAAUAUUUUAAGAACUUUGUUCAUAAUAGAACUAAACAGAAACAUGAUCACUUAUGGUCACAAUAAAAUCACAAUUACACUCGAUCAAUUAUUUAGUAGUGAACAAAUUACAAACAACAUAGGUAUAGUAUUAAAUAUACCUAUAUUAUACAAACCAAUAUUCUGAUCCAAAUUAGUCAGAAAUCAAAAUAUUGAGUGCCAUUACAUUUAGUAUCUUUUCCCAUCUCUACGAUCGAUUAGAACUUUCUAACAUAAAAUCGGUUAGAAAAUAUCGAACGUAAUGAUUAACAGUGUGUUUAAUUUAAGUACAAAAAAUUUUAUUGCGUCUAAAUAAUGUUUUCCAACAUGACAUGCACAAACUAAAAAUUGAGUGUAAAUGUACAGUCGGAUACAAAAGUCUUUAUUACACUGUUUUAAUAAACCUACUUUUACUUCUACCUCUAUAAUAAAAUAAUAUAUUUUAAUUCGGAGCUCUAUUACAGACAAAGUUCAGUCAUAGUAGGUACAAUAGUCGCACAUUAUAAUAAAAUAGCUAAAUGAUAAUAUAUUUAAGUUAAAAGGGUGCCAAAUAUUCACAUCCAAAUAUAAUGCUUGGAGCACUUUUAAAAAGAAUAAGUAACGUUUUUUAGUACCUUGGGUAGCUAGAUUAAAAUAUCACAAUGAAAUAAAGCUAAGUACACGCAAUUUGACAAUUAAAUCGAUCUGUCAAAUAUCGCAACAAAACGUGUCAAGAGAUGGCGUUGUUAACAAAAAUGCCUUAAACACAAACAGCAAAAUAGCAUUUAAUCAAAUUAGAAAUACGAAAUAUUUGUAACAUAAUGUGGCUAACGGUGCAAUAUUAUAUUACAUAGAACAAAAAUAGCUGUAAAAUCAAAAGGAUUUAGUAUGAAAAUAAUAGUAGGUGCCUGAAUGCUUUGAUGAUAUGUCGAUGGUGCUCUCCCAAAGCGAAGACGAGGUGAAAAGGGCAAUGUCAGUCGCAGAGCGUAUAACUUGGACAUAUACAUUUAAAAUUGAAACAUAAAGAGAAAUUUUCUAUAAUGGUCGCUUGAAUUGCAUUAAAGUUACUAUCGUUAUAUAUAUAUCACCUCGUCUGUCAGUUGUAACCUCCAUAUAGAUAAUAAUAAAUAUACUUAUAUGUAUACAAAUAUAUGUAGGUCAUAGGAUCAAUCCCUCAAAUAUCUGUCUAAUGUGCUGUAUUUCAUAGGUGCAUUCAAAAUUAUACUGUAUCCUUAUUAUAAUUAUAAUACAAUUUAUCUAAAACUAAUCAAAUCUCGCAUUGUAUUCUCUAUAUUCUCUCAUGAAAGCUUCCUUGAUAACCUAGGUGUUUAAAAUGUAAUAUUAUUGUAGGUAAGACAAACUAUUGGAUGCAGACCGUAUUUAUAGUGUGUUUCUAUGGUAGAAAAACGUGAACAGAUGGGCGAUUGAUAGGAUAUCACUGUACAAACGGUCUUUGCAUCAUCGACUAUAAGUACCUAUUUAUACUAGAUACCACUAACUUAUUUUUUCAGCAAAAUCAUUUUAUUUCACUGGUUCUUUAUUUAGUAAGUACUGAGGUUAAUAUUUAAACUGAGUGUACGUUAGUAUUUGCGUACCGUAGACAUAAAAGUUGUACAUUAUUGUACCUAAACAUAAAAUAAAAAUAUACGUUUCAUGACAUCAGUGGCAUUCUUGUCUGAUCAAGAGAUAACGUUAUUUCAAGUUUAGUCAUCGUGAACGAGUCCUGGCUAUUGUUCAGACAUUUAUUUCACCUGAUCAAAUAAGUUAGUGGUAUAAUAAUAAUAACAUUGUUUAAUGCUUGUGUGUGUCUUAAUUACAUCAUAAUUUUGGACCACUUAUUUGAUGCUCCGUACCUAAAUGCAAAUGUGGUCAUUACUAAAUUGAAUAUUACUCUGAUAUAAGAAAACAGAGAUAGAAAUGUUUUAUAGCUAUCUUAAUUAAUAACCUACAUAUUUUAGAGGUACCUUUGUGGUAUUCAAAUUAGUUUUAUUUCGUUUAUUUUGAUGUUUCAAAGACAGAUAUGUGAUUAAAAUUCGUUUUAUUUAUUUAACUUUAUAUUUUUACAAUAUUCACAUGUUUUGUAAUCUAAAAAUAUCUUAGGUGGUGUCAGUCUCCAAUGAAUUAUUAUUUUUGUAAAUAUUUUACCUAAUUCUUAUUUAAUAUUAAGUUGAAUGUAUUGAAAUGUGCAAUGUUUAGACUUAAUGUACUUAUUAAGUGAAGUGUAUUGUAAUUUUUGUAUUUAGUGCCAUCUGUUAGUUUGAAAUGUCAACUGAAGCCUCGUUACACCGGCAAAACAUACAACAACGUCUGCUGAACUCAAAUACAUUUAAUGGUUGCUUAAACUUUUGUUAAGUAACGAUUUUAUUCUGAUAACAGUAAUCUGAUA